AUGUUCUACCAGCACGCAUUCAUGGCGGCCAUACUGGCCUCCACCAUUAUCGCCUGGGAAUACAUGAUUUACGACACGUACCAUCCUGACACCAACACAUGCGGAGGCCUUGCCACAUUCAUACAUCGUGGUGACGGCCCGGAUGCCCCCGAGGGCGUGCCGCGAGAUAUAGCUUACGAUGUCAUCCACGGCAAACCCGCAGGGAUUGUGGUCGAGGGCAUGGACCCUUAUAUGAUCGGGAUGUUCACCGAAGCGGAUCUGCAACUUGUAGUAGGUGAGAACAGAAAACCGCCCACCCGGCCCUACAGGCGUGGUGUGCUAGAUUUCUGUUAUCCGUGGAACCCAGAGUGGACGGCUUAUUUCGUGGAUUUCGCGGGCGACUGGGAUGAAGAGGACAGCGUACAGGGUGGCACUUCAUCGGAUUCGGAUAAACGUGCACGCACGUGUGCAGAUUUCCCGCUGACGCACCUAGGCCAGGCUGUUGAGGGCUUACUACUCCACUCGAAAAUCGCGGCGACGUCUCAUAAACAGAUAAUAGUCAAGUUUAUAUACAAUUCUUCCUGUUAUCAUUCUACUGGUGGCGGGCAGGAACCUCGUGACCGUCACUUCGUCUUUUAG